AUGGAUGAAAAUGGUGAAUCACCUCCAUGGGAACGGUUUAGUCGAUGGAUACAUUGCAUAUGUGUUGUUACUUUUGAUCUUGAGUUGGGCCAAGCAAUCGAGGUCGUGUAUCCAGGUGAUGCGCAAUUAUCAGCCGCAGAGAAAAUGAAUAUAUGUUACUUAGCGUUUCCGGAUUCGAACAGUUGUUGCACGCGAGAUACAAAGUUUCAUUUCCGGAUACGACGAUCAUCCUUUCAAUUAAAUGAGGUCCAGACCAAUUAUUCUGAAAAUGUACCUCCAGCUGCACAAAUUGAUUCUAUUCAUUUUUUUGGCUUUGUUCAUUUUCGGCAACAAAAAGACGCUUCAUUGCCUCGUGGUUAUUAUCAAAAGAGUCUUGUAAUAAUUUCACUUUUACCACUUUUCAAUUUAUUUUCUUAUAUAAUUGAUGCAAUCGCUAAUAAUUUUUUCGAGUCUGGUGAGCCAGCUAUUGAAGCAGCUUGUCAUGACAUCGACCAUUGGAGAGCUCCAGUUCCUGGUGAAUUGCUUUAUCUUCCACUAUUGGGCCGUGUUAUUCAAUGCAGAAUUCCUUGCAAAAAUGAUUUGCCUUUUAUGCAGAAGCAAAAAAUUGAUGAGGUUUUAUAUUGUGAAUUUAGUAACCUGCAAUGUAUGCUGAAUUAUAUCCAACUGCUGUGGGAAUUGGUGUUACUUGGUGAGCCCAUAAUUGUCAUGGCUGCUAAUCCUUUGACAUGUUCAUCCACAGUCCAAGCCUUAGUGUCACUAAUAUGGCCAUUAAGGUAUUUUAAUGAUUACCGACCAUUUUUCACUAUCCAUGAUUCUGAAUUCAGGGAAUAUGCAUCAAAAAAGCAGAAUCCUCCAAAAGUGAUCUUGGGGGUGACAAAUCCUUUUUUUUCCAAGAUUCUUCAACAUUGGCCCCAUGUUAUUCGCGUGGGAAAUGGAAGUCAUCAAUCUGUUAGUACAGAAGGUAUUGCAAGGAAGCUUAGAGAUGGGCGGAUUGCGGAUUCUAAACCAGGGCUUUAUACUCAGUACAAAACGUUUUUAAAUAGUGAUAAAGCUUUGGUUAAAAAUAUACUUAAAUGCGACAAAUUCGGUGGUAUGCAAAACAAAAUUUUAAGGCGGCAUAUGCUUGAGCUCACUCAUAUAUUUAUGAUGCCUCUUGAACGAUAUAUCUCCACUUUGAUGCCAUUGAGAAAACAGAUAUCACCUUUCAAGGCAGUGCCGCAAGCUCGACCAUUCAUUGUCGAUGAAUUCUUAUCGACUUUGGAUGAAGCUAGUACUUCAGUUACAUGUGGUAUUAAAGGGGAUUGGAAUGGGUUAUAUAGGAAAUUUUUAUCAUCAAAAAAUUUCGAAGGAUGGUUACGUUAUAGGCGAAAAGAUGUGGAUCGUCAACUUAAAGCUGCUCAUUUAGAGGUUCUUUCUAAUGCUGAUUUCUCUCCAGAUGCUCUAAAAGGUCGUCAUCAAGUUGAAAUUGUGGAUUUGAUUUUGAAAAUAAGCGAUCGUCUUCGUGACCUGAAAGAACCUGCGCUUGAAGCUAGAAAUCGUUUGCAAUUUCAGCUUACUACCAUACUGCAGUCAGUAGAUGAUGAACUCAAAUCAGUGCUGUUAUCAAAUGGCAGUUUACGAGAUUGUAUUGAGCAGUAA